GCUUGGGAUCCAGUUUCCAAAUCAAACAGUGGGCGUUUUUUUUUUCUUCUUCAAUCUGAACUGGACUUUUUUUCAGGGUGUUGCCUGUGUUAGUUAUUUCCAACUCUGAGGUUUGACCGUGGUGUUGCACCUGACCAGACCCGGGGAGUCGAGUAGCUCCUUCUAUAUAGACUUUUUUUUUUUACUCAAUCCCGCAGGAGUUAUUCUCUUUCUCACGCUGCACUUUUCAGACAGACUGGUUUAGUUUAGCCGCUGUUAGCUGGACCAGCUAACCGGGAUCGAUGCAGGCCAUUAAGUGUGUGGUGGUGGGAGACGGGGCGGUGGGGAAAACAUGUCUUCUCAUCAGCUACACCACCAAUGCCUUCCCUGGAGAAUACAUCCCUACAGUAUUUGACAACUAUUCUGCGAAUGUGAUGGUGGAUGGGAAACCAGUGAACCUGGGUCUGUGGGACACAGCAGGACAGGAGGACUAUGACAGACUCAGACCUCUGUCCUACCCUCAGACGGACGUUUUCCUUAUUUGCUUUUCACUUGUCAGUCCAGCUUCCUUUGAAAAUGUCCGCGCCAAGUGGUAUCCAGAGGUCAGACACCACUGCCCCAAGACACCAAUAAUCCUGGUGGGCACCAAGUUGGACCUGAGGGAUGAUAAGGACACGGUUGAAAAGCUGAAGGAGAAGAAACUCUCUCCCAUCAUCUAUCCACAGGGCUUGGCCAUGGCUAAGGAAAUAACUGCGGUGAAGUACCUGGAGUGCUCGGCUCUGACGCAGCGCGGCCUUAAGACGGUGUUUGAUGAAGCCAUCAGGGCGGUCCUCUGCCCCCAGCCCACUAAAAAGCCAAGGAGAAGGAAGUGCACCGUACUGUGAUGAAGAACGAUCCACAUUAGGAACCAAAUAUCUUUUCAGUCUGGGUUCUUGCUAACUUAGAAGCAGUAUUAGGUCUGAGUUGCAUCUGAAAGGACUUUCUAGAUCUAAGCAAAGCUAUUUUCUCCCUGUUUUUUAUAUAAAUGGACCCAGAUGCUUUUAUGGUUGAUUACAUCGGGUCCUUUCAGAUUGACUAAUACAUUACAUUUUUAAAAGACCUCAGGACGUGAGGGUAGAAGACACAAUUAAAGAUUUUAUGAAAAAUAUUCAAAUAUGUCAUUUGCAAUGAAGAAACACUACUUGAAUGUGGAUUUGUCAUAUUUCUAGAUUUUUACAGAAAAAAGAAGGAAGGUCCAGUGCUGCAUUUUGUCCUGAAGCCUAAGAUUCCAGCUGCCUUGACUCAAUUCUACUUUAUGCAAAAAUAUUUUUAGAGAAACAGUUUUUUUAAAUGUCAUUUUGUUGCUAGCUGUGAUUGGCAGCCUGUUUACAUGUGUUGUUCAUUUAGACUGAAGUGGUUCUAAAAACCCAGAAUUCAGAUCAUAUCCUUGUUUUAAGAAGAUGGAUUUUUAUUCUUCUCCACGUACAUCAGCAUGUGUAAAAUAUUAUAGCCUCAUAAAUGACACGACUAACCCUUAAAGUUAAAGGAAUAUAAUUCCUGGAGAGCAGUAUUUUAGUAACUGACAUGAGAAAAUGCAAGGAAGGCAGCCAUGUUGCAUUCACUCAUUUAUCUAUAAAUUUGUUGAAUUUUUCAUUUAGAAAAUGUUUGUUGUUAUGAAGGUUCAUGAUUUUUGACACUAUGUUUUAGUUUAUGAAGAUAAUGUUAUAAUAACUGAUUUUAUUGCAUUUAACUGAUUUUUCUUGCGUUUAAUGCCGAAUCCAAAAUAGGCAUGGGCUGGUAUGAAACUUCCGGACUUUAACUUUGAUAAAAUUACCCCAGUAUCUGUAUUUUACCAAAAGUUAAAAACUAUUAUCUUUAGAGCAGUUAGAUCAGUGGAGCAACAACUAUCACAUAGCAUAACAAUAUUAAUUUGAAUGAUUGUCUUCCCACCUUCUCUUUAUUACCUAAUACUGGGAAUGAAACGAGCAGUUUUUAGCAGCGUAGUCGGGUUGUCUGCUUGAAAAGUCAGCCUGUAAACUGUGCUUUUAAACAUGUUUUUAAAACAGCGUUGCCUUAAUAAGAGUGCUUGGUGGCGCCACUUUAGUCCCCACACAGCUGGAGCCCUUUUUAUCUGACCAACAGUGUGCAGCAACAGGUUGGGGAGGGGCCGUGCUGGUGUUCUGCUCCAUUUAGCCAAAGAAAACUUGGGUCCCAAUCAAUCAAUAAAAUUUAGUUCAUUGUAAUUUGAAGAAUAAUGGAAAUAAUUGGCAGUUUUAAAACAUCCUUUGACAAAAGUGCAACCAGCCCAUGCCUAAAGCAAGAUUAAUCAGAAGCUGCUCAACUGAUAUAUUUUAGUGUGAAAUGAGUCCUUCAUAAACUGGUAAAGGUACUCUGAAGAGCCAUACAGUCUGGACAGUAUGGAAGGGUUUCAAUACUGCACUAUUUAUGUAGUGUACUGUUUAUGUUGGCAAAUAAAGUCUUCACAAAGC